AUGGUGGAACGCUUUCACCGCCAACUCAAGGCAUCUAUAAAAGCAGCUCCAGACAGUUCUCACUGGUUGGAACAUCUCCCUCUCAUCCUCCUUGGAAUUCGAUCCACGAUUAAGGAAGAACUGGGAUAUACUCCGGCCGAACUCGUUUAUCGCACAACACUCACCUUACCUGGGCAGAUGAUCGAACCUGUUUCACAAAACUUCCCUGACCCACAACAAUAUGUGCACCGAUUACGAACAUCCAUGUCGCAAGUAUCACCCUCAGGCCCCAGACAACAGAACGUCGUUUCACGUGUCCCAAAAGAUAUCAACACAUGGACUCAUGUCUUCGUGAGGAAUGAUGGGAUACCCUCUCAACUUCGACCACCAUAUUCCGGGCCCUACAAGGUCAUCAAAAGAGAACCCAAGUAUUUCGUCCUCGAUAUUGGAGGUAAACGAAAACGGUCUCGAUUGAUCGUUUAA